GCCCGGCCCCACUGCCGCCCCACGAAGAGCCCCACGCUGCACCCGGCGCCGCCAUGGGCUGGAGCCGCUCCUUGCUGCUGCCGCUGCUGCUGCUGCUGCCCGCGGGGCCGCGCUCUGCCCUGGCGCUCCUGCAGUACCGCUACGACUGCGGCGACUACGGCAUGCAGCUGCUGGCCUACCCCUCGCGGGGCCGCGCCGUCCGCUUCAAGGUCGUGGAUGAGUUCGGCACCCGCUUUGAAGUGGCCAACUGCUCCAUCUGCCUGCACUGGCUCAACACCGGGGCGGAUGGCGCGCUCGUCUUCUCCUCUGGCUAUGAGGGCUGCCACGUCCUGGUCAAGGAUGACCGCUACGUCCUGAGGGUGCAGCUGGAGGAAACGCUGCUCAGCGGGGUGGCGGUCGCCUCCUACGAGGUGAACAUGACCUGCCCGCAGCCAACUGACUACGAGACCGUCGCUGGCACGAGCGUGCGUGGCCAGCUCGAGCCCGUUCGGGGCAACGGCGUCCACCAGAGCCAGGCUGAGGUCCUCGUCCCCCAGCCCCAGCCUGGCCUCCUGCAACACGUAUCCCAGUCCGCCCUGGCCGUCCCCGUCCCCCAGCUGCCCCCCCCGGCCCCCCAGGACCAGGUUCACCCCGUGGCGCAGCCCCAGCCAGCCCUGGUGCACCCGGGGCUGCAGCGCCAGCCCCAGCCCAGCCUGGGUCUCCCGGGGCUCCAGCCCCAGAACCAGCCAGGAGCAGCUCGCCCCCUCACCCAGCCCCAGCCAGGCUUUGUUCGCCCGGCUCCGCAGCCCCAGAGCCAGCAUGGGGCGGUGCCCCCCGGGGGGCAGAACCGCCCAGGCCUCCUUCGCCCGGGGCUUCAGCUCCAGAACCAGCCUGGGCUGCUGCACCCCGGGGGGCAAACCCAGCCGGGUCUCCUCCGCCCGGGGCUUCAGUCCCCCAACCAGAACGGGUUGCUGCACCCCGGGGGGCAAACCCAAUCUGGUCUCCUUCGGCCAGGGUUUCAGCCCCAAAACCAGAACGGGUUGGUGCACCCUGGGGGGCAAACCCAGACAGGUCUCUUUCGCCCGGGGCUUCAGACCCCAAAUCAGCCUGGGCUGGUGCACCCUGGGGUGCAAACCCAGCCGGGUCUCCUUCGCCCGGGGCUUCAGUCCCAAAACCAGAACGGGUUGGUGCACCCUGGGGUUCAAACCCAAUCUGGUCUCCUUCGCCCGGGGCUCCAGCCCCAAAACCAGAACGGGUUGGUGCACCCUGGGGUUCAAACCCAAUCCGGUCUCCUUCGCCCAGGGCUCCAGCCCCAAAACCAGAACGGGUUGGUGCACCCUGGGGUUCAAACCCAGCCGGGUCUCCUUCGCCCGGGGCUCCAGCUCCAGCACCAGCCCGGGCAGGUGUCCCCCGGCCUGCAGCCUGGCUCGGUGCACGCUGGUGCUCAGACGCAAGCUGGCUUUUCACGCCCAGGGCUUCAGCCCCAAAGCCAGCUGGGCUCCGUUCUCCCCAGCCUGCAGUCCCACGCCCACGCCGGCCUCAUCCGCCCGGGCCUCCAGAGCCAGGCAGGGCUGCUGCAGCCCGGCCAGCCCCGACCCGGGCUGCUGCGCCCGGCACUUGCGCCUCGGCCGGGGCUGGUGCGCCCUGGGCUGCAGCCGCAAGCCCAGCCGGGGCUGCUGCACCCCGGCCUGCACCCCCAGCCCGGUCUGCUGCGCCCCACGGCUCUCUUCUACCCCUCGGCAGGGGCAGGCAUGCAGCUGACGCGGGAGCAGUGCCAGGUGGCAGCGGGGCGGCUGUCCUGCGUGGCCCCGCCGGGCCGCGACGCCUGCCUGCAGGCGGGGUGCUGCUACGAUGACACGGACCGUGCAACGCCCUGCUAUUACGGCAACACAGCCACCGUGCAGUGCCUGCCCGAGGGGCACUUCGUGCUGGUGGUGCCGCGGGGCCUCUCGGUGCAGCCCUACAACCUGGACAGCGUGCGCCUGGCCAGCAGCACCCAGCCCGGCUGCCAGCCCGCCCAGGCCACCGAGAGCUUCGUCAUGUUCCACUUCCCCGUCACGCAGUGCGGCACCACCGUGCAGGUGAUCGAGGACCGGCUGGUCUAUGAGAACCAGCUCAUCUCCACCAUCGAUGUCCAGCCGGGUCCCCGCGGCUCCAUCACGCGGGACAGCGUCUACAUCCUCCACGCCCGCUGCAUCUACAAUGCCAGCGAGCUGCUGCCGCUGCGCCUGGAGGUGGCCGUGCCCCCCACCACCGCCCCCAUGGCGCAGCCGGGGCCGCUGCGGCUGCAGCUGCGCAUCGCCACCGACGAGAGCUACAGCGCCUACCACGCGGAGGGCGACUACCCGCUGGUGAAGGUGCUGCGGGACCCCAUCUACGUGGAGGUCCGGCUGCUGCAGAAGACCGACCCCAACCUGGUGCUGGUGCUGCACCAGUGCUGGGCGGCCCCCAGCACCGGCCCGGCGGCCGAGCCCCAGUGGCCCAUCCUGGUGGAUGGGUGUCCCUUCGCUGGGGACAACUACAGGACGCAGCUGGUGCCGGUGGGCCCCGCCUCGCCGCAGCUGCCCUUCCCCAGCCACUACCAGCGCUUCGUCGUCUCCACCUUUGCCUUCGUGGAGACCCCCUCCGUGACUGUGCUGGAGGGAGAGGUGUACAUCUUGUGCAGCGCCUCGGUGUGCCACCUGGCGCAGCCCGAGCCCUGCCGGCCCUCCUGCCAGCUGGCCGUGCCCUCCCGAGCCCGCCGGUCAGCAGGGGACAGGGGGACAGUGAACGCCGUGGGCACGGCCACCUCCCAGGGACGAGUCGUCUUCCCCAAGACUCCUGCGGUGGGGAGAGCCUGAGCCCCGCGCUGCCGCUUCCCUGCGGCACCGGCUGCCCUCCUCCUCCUCCUCCUCCUCUUCCUCCGGGCCAGCCCCUUGCGUC